AUAUACUGGUAUACCACCCCCACACAGACGACGUAUCUCCUGAUUGUUUUCUUAUUUCUCAUCCUUCACCAGCAAAACUAAAAGAGAUUUCAGAGUGAUAACAUUGAUUGAUUUGAGCCCUGUCUACAAUCAAGCUUAAAGGUUCUACAAUCUCGGCUGGCAAAAUGGUGAAUUCAACCAAAGGACAGUUCAUCACAUGUGACAUACCUAUGGCACAAUUCAUCGUCAACAUGAACUCUACACUCCCUGCUACACAAAAAUCCAUAAUUCAUGUUCUGGACAACACCCACUUAUUUGUACAACCCCAUGCCGCUGAAAUGAUCAGGAGCGCUAUAUCUGAAUUCCGAGAUAAAAUCUCCUACGAGAAGCCAGCCUGAUUUUCAAAAUAUGGUUUUUGCAAGGUUAUAUGCUAUUAGUUCCUACUUUCAUGUGAACAACUUCUUGCUAAAAGAGCAUGUAUAUUGUGUAGUUAGUUUGGUACUUUGGUUCUUGGCCUGUUCUCUCAUAUUUUCCUAAAGUAGCCAAAGAGGAAAGGAACAUGUGAAACAAUCUUGUCUGAUGUUAUCCUUUGAGGAAUUUAUUGGAAUAUUUGGCAUGAAAAAAAUUCUCUUGUUUUUAAUAGGAAA